AUGGGCGAUACGCAAACUCGGCGGCAGGCGUACCAGGUCGAACGCGAGGAGCGAAGGGCGAGUAGGAGUAAGUCCCCGGAGCUACAGUUAUUGGCCUCACCGCUAGUGUCAACCGCGGGAUCUAUGGGACCGACGGUGUCCCUGGUGGUAUCGCCGGGGUACACCGAGGCGGAAAGUGACCUGGAGUUGCAAGCGCGAGGAGCCCCGGACCAGCAGACUCGAGGAGCCCCGCACCAGCAAGCGCGAGGAGCCCCGGACCAGCAGACGCGAGGAGCCCCGCACCAGCAAGCGCGAGCAGCCUCACACCGGCAAGCGCGAGGAGCUCCGGACCAGCAAGCCGCGAGAAUCCCCACGUCAGCAACCCGCGAGGAGCGGUCUGAGGGAGGAAGGAAUGGGCGCACGGAGACUCGGAAGGAGGAGCCCAGUGAGCGGGCAUCGAAGCGGGCGUCCACGCGUUCGACGCGUGCGGCCAAGGGAGAGGAGUCGUCGGCACGCACAAGGGGAAGAUCGACAGCGCGGCGAGGGGACCAGCGGCCGACAAGCCCACAGGUCGAGGAGCCGCAGCCAACGCCGACCGAAAACGCGGUCAAAGAGCCGCAGACAACGCAGGCCGAAAACGCGGUCAAAGAGCCGCAGGCAACGCAGGCCGACAUCGCGAAAAACAACGCGGCCGCUGAGGCGCGAUGCCUCGCGGAAUGGCACCGGCGGAUUGCGCUGGCCGCGGCGAAGGAGGAGCGGAGGCAACGGCGUGUAUGGGAGGACGCCCUGGCGCUGGCCAAGAGGCUGAAGGCCACGCAGGAGGCUGAAAAGGCGGCGCAAGAAGCGGAGGCGGAGCGCCACAAACGGGAAGUCGCGCACCAGUGGCGGUUCCGAGGAGGAGCCGCGGCCGCAGGCCCCACCGUCACCGGGGCAGAGGAAGAGCUGUCCCAGCGUCGGCCGCCGGCUGACAACGCGCACGGCCAAGGGGAGCAUCAGCAGCAGUAG